AGAGGCAGGAGACAGGAGCUGGCACUGGGAAAAGUUAAACCCAGCCUGCACAAUGAAGAAACAGCUUAAGAAGGAGGCAGCUCCACACAUUGAGCUAAAAUCUUAUUCUAAGAACUCAGACACUCAGGUAUCCACCAUGGUGUUGGGUCCUGAACAGAAGAAGCCAGAUGAAGAUGCUUCUGGAGACCACGGGGAUUCUGCCAGUCUUGGGGCCAUCAACCCUGCCUACAGUAACUCCUCUCUUUCACAGUCCCCCGGGGGGCACUCAGAGGAGCCUUUCACCACGUACUUUGAUGAGAAGAUCGCCAUUCCUGAGGAGGAGUACUCUUGUUUUAGCUUUCGUAAACUCUGGGCUUUCACGGGACCAGGAUUUCUUAUGAGCAUCGCCUACCUGGAUCCAGGAAACAUUGAAUCUGAUUUGCAGUCUGGAGCAGUGGCUGGAUUUAAGUUGCUCUGGGUUCUUCUGAUGGCCACCAUCGUGGGGCUCCUGCUCCAGCGCCUUGCAGCUAGACUGGGAGUGGUCACUGGGCUGCAUCUUGCUGAAGUGUGUCACCGUCAGUAUCCCAGGGUUCCACGAAUUAUCCUGUGGCUGAUGGUGGAGUUGGCUAUCGUUGGCUCAGAUAUGCAAGAAGUUAUUGGCUCCGCUAUUGCCAUCAAUCUCCUCUCUGUAGGAAGGGUCCCGCUGUGGGGCGGAGUUCUUAUCACCAUUGCAGAUACCUUUGUAUUUCUCUUUUUGGACAAAUAUGGCUUGCGGAAGCUAGAAGCAUUUUUUGGUUUUCUCAUCACUAUUAUGGCCCUCACAUUUGGAUACGAGUAUGUUACAGUGAAACCCAGCCAGACCCAGGUCCUCAAAGGCAUGUUCCUGCCAUCCUGUUCAGGCUGUCAUACCCCACAAAUCGAGCAGGCUGUGGGCAUCGUGGGUGCUGUUAUCAUGCCACACAACAUGUACCUGCAUUCUGCUUUAGUCAAGUCCAGACAGGUAGACCGAGCCAAUAAGGAGGAAGUUCGGGAAGCCAAUAAGUACUUUUUCAUUGAAUCCUGCAUUGCUCUUUUUGUUUCCUUUAUCAUCAACGUCUUUGUCGUCUCAGUCUUUGCUGAAGCAUUUUUUGAGAAAACCAACGAGCAGGUGGUUGAAGUCUGUAGAAACAGCAGCAGUCCCCAUACUCACCUUUUUCCUGACGAUAACUCAACACUGGCUGUGGACAUCUACAAAGGGGGUGUUGUGCUGGGGUGUUACUUCGGGCCUGCUGCACUCUACAUCUGGGCAGUGGGGAUCCUGGCUGCAGGACAGAGCUCCACCAUGACAGGAACCUACUCUGGCCAGUUUGUCAUGGAGGGAUUCCUGAACCUAAAGUGGUCACGCUUUGCCCGAGUGAUUCUGACCCGCUCUAUUGCCAUCAUCCCCACUCUGCUUGUUGCCGUCUUCCAAGAUGUAGAGCAUCUGACAGGGAUGAAUGACUUCCUGAAUGUUCUUCAGAGCUUACAGCUUCCCUUUGCUCUCAUACCCAUCCUCACAUUCACGAGCUUGCGGCCGGUAAUGAGUGAAUUUGCCAAUGGAAUAGGCUGGAGGAUCGCAGGCGGUAUCUUGGUCCUUAUCGUCUGUUCCAUCAACAUGUACUUUGUCGUGGUUUAUGUCCAGGAACUAGGGCACGUGGCAUUGUAUGUGGUGGCUGCUGUGGUCAGCAUAGCUUAUCUGAGCUUUGUGUUUUACUUGGGUUGGCAAUGUUUGAUUGCACUGGGCAUGUCCUUCCUGGACUGUGGGCACACGGUAAGCAUCUCUAAAGUCCUGCUGACCGAAGGAGCCACCAGUGGCUAUACUAAGUAAACACUGGGUCAGUCUGUCUGUCUUCCACAGGUAGCCAUCAGAGCCAGUGUGUUGCUAUGGUUUACUGUGUGAACAUAGCCAAAAGUAUGUGCUGUUGCACAGACUGCAUUUAGGACUCAACUGUUUGUUGGGAAAGGCUUUGCAUAUGUGUUUGAAAGAAGCCAUUAUUUUUCUUCCUGACCUCCUAACCUGGGAACUGGAUUAGGUAGGGUCCUUGAAAAGCUGACAUCUGCUGCUCUCAAACAACACUAAACUCUUUAGCUGCCCAAGGGCCAGCUUCUUUUAUCUUUUUGAGAGA